AAAAAACUCUAAAGCUUAUUAACAGAAAAAAAUAUAUAUCAAGUGUUUGAAAUUAUGUGUUACACUCUAUAUUCUUCAAACCCUCGGGAAAUUUAUAUUAUUAUUGUCAUUGUCGUAAACAACAUCGUCUUGAGAGCGUCAUCGCAAACAACGAUAUUGUUUGCGAAAAAUACCGAACAGAAUUUUAUAUUAUUAAUAUUCGGCCAUAUCCAUGCCUAUUACACCAACCCUAUAAAAACGGCCGGCACCAGUGCACGGGUACUGCAGUCGGUGUUCAGCUAACGUUGUAUUUCAAUCGACGCGAACUAUUCGUAUUUUCUAGACUUCAACAACUCUACCAUGACAUUUUACAGGACGGUUAGUUAUUAAUUUUUAGUAAUUAUAUUAUCAUUGUUUAUACUAUUUUUAAUGCUAUUAUUUUUUCGAUUUGGCUAACAGUUUUAGUUUUGUAGCUAGCCUAAUAUUGUAGUUUACUAAUUUUGGUGAUGUGAGAUUAUUAGGUGAGAUUAGAUUUUGAUAUUUAUUUUACUCGGUGAAUAAUUUUAUAAAAAUACAUUAAAAAUAUAAUUUUUUAAUUUUGUUUUUAAACUUAUAAAUUACCGUACUCAUACACAAGUUAAAACUUCUGAACUUCACAUUUUUAGUUUUUUUUUUAUGGUCCUUACAUACGUCAUUUGUAUGGCCUAUUUAAGUGGUUCGUUAUCAAUGAAAUAAUAUUUAGGUAUGAUCAACCUAUUCUCUUUUCUCGUUGGUUUUUUGGUUUUAAUUCAGUUAAACAUAUUCCUAGUGACUUUUUAAUAGAAAAUUGUAUUAUAAAUUAUUGUUAUAAUAAGUGGUAAAAAUAAAGGACGUCCUUGGCUGAUUGGGACGGGUUAAGCAACUUUUCUAUAUAUAUUUAUGUCUACCUAUAAACAACGAUAAACUAAUGUUUACAAAAAAACGAUUUCGAGCGGAGUUUCGUAAGAUAAAUUGGAAAAGCAUCAACUUUUUCAGUUUUCCAAAUUUUCUGAGAAAACUUGUUGAAAAAUCGAAAAAUUAACUUCUUAAAAAACAUUUCUACACCGAUUUACUUUCGAAAAAGUUCAUUCACGUAAAUACUGGAUUAUUACCUCUAGUAGAAAAAAUUAUCCACAAAAAAAAAUAAACAUAAGCCAUAAAACGUAAAACCAUAAGCUUCUUCGCUUCUACUCAGAAUCUAAUAGAAUGUAACUUUUAGUAAUUUUAUAAUUUUUAAUACAUAUUAUGAUCUAAAAACCAAUAUGGUUUCUGACCAAGUAUAAGGCAUAGAUGAUGCUCUUCAUUAUACCACAUAAUUUAUUAUAAUACCCUAGAUUACGAUUGGGCAAAGAUAGCUGUUUUCUUAGACUUAGCUAAAUCUUAUGAUACCGUAUAAUCUUGAAAUUAUAUUAUAAGUAUUACUUGGUUUUGAAAUAAGUAAUUCGAGUUUUAAUGGUUUCACCAUUUAUCUUACAUUUCCCCAUUUUUUUUUUCGGAUUUUCACAUUUGUUGAGAAAUCUCUUUUGGGAAACCAAAAAGUUACCCCUUUAUUAAUAUUUCCUUUCAGAAAAAUUGCAAUCAUUAAAAGUUGGGGCAAAACUUCUGGUAGAAAUUUGUGCACAGAAAAAAAGAAGACCGUAUUAUAUUUUUAAUUAUACUUACAUGAUUUAUAUUUUUUUCUAUUUCUCAAAUUUGAUGAAAAAACAUUUUUAUAAAAAUGAAAAAUGACUUCCUUAAUGUAUCUAUAAUUCUGAUCAUAGUUUGUUUGAUAAUGGAGCUUUGUCAACAUAAUAUAUACCAUUUUAUAGUAACAUAAUUAAAUAGGCUUCAUAUAUUUUCUGUAUAGCGAGCUAAUGCUAGGUCCUUAGUUACACCUAAAAUGCUUUUGAUUUCCUAAAUUAGGGAAAAGCUAGGGAAGAAAAGUUUGAACUCGCAUCCUUAAGAUUGAAAUUAUGUAUAUUUUACAAUUCGGCUUUAAAGAAUUAUUGACAUUACAUAUAAUAUAUCUGCAUAAGCUCAGAACUUCAAUAAGCUAUAAUGAAAUGUACUUAUGAAAUGUUCGUAAUUUAUAGAAUUACUAUAGGAGUUUAGCCUUUCAGAAGAGAAAAACAAAUUUGUCUUAACUUUAAAAUUCAUAAUAUUUCCCAAAUUUAUAUAUUAUUUUCCACAAUUAUCUAAUUCCGAAAACAUUUAAUUUUUCUCAAUUUUGUUGAAGGAUAGAAACAUUAAAUUUCCCUAUUUAUUUAAGAACUAAAUUAAAGGGCUCCUUGAAUAUUUUAUACAUUUCGAAGGUGUUGACUUUUCUGCUAAUGGUUUCAAACCAGCGUUGUUAAAAUUUUGUCGAGUUGUGUAAGUUCAGCUGAAUUAAUGCAGGUGACGAAAAUUCGUAUAGUACCUAUAUGUAAAUCAAAUACAGUUGAACGUAUAAUAUUCGUAAAANAACAAUAAUUUAUACACCUUUUGAUAAUGUUAUUGGGUAUACACAGUGCUAACGUACACAAACAGAUCAUUCCGUCCGAUCUAACCUUCCAUGUUAUUCGAUAAAUGAUCGACAGUAUACGUGGUAUAGGUAAGUACGUAGUUCUUGUUUAAACACAACAGCGAAUAGAAAAAAUCUCUGCUCAACAACAAGUUUUAACUCCUUCCCCCCUUUGGCACCGUAAUCUCCGUGUUUAGGGGGCCCGCGCCUUAUGUCAUUUCGAUUUUUUUGUAAACUGUUACACUGUUGGUGGUCAUCCGCCAACAAUCCGAUACUUGAGCAUACUUAAAAAAUUGCCACGUAUAGUAUUUAAUAUCUUUAUUAAAUUUACAAAUAGAUUACGUAAAUAAUAAUAGUUCUGAAAUAUUAUCCUUAUUCCUGCCCUCUCAUGACAAAAUUAUUUGACCGUCAUUUGUUGAAUAUGUGAAUAACCGAUAUUAACUGAAAAUUGUCUGAAAACAUUCUGGUUUUUCUGGCUUUCUUUUACGGGCUCCCUUAGAUAAUAAUAAAACAAAAAAGAAAAGCAAACAAGUACUAAUCUAAAUUCGUAUAAAUUGCUCAUAGAGUAUACUUGAUAAAAAUUGUAUAAAUAUUAAUUAUUUUUAAUUAUUUUAGAUCCUGAGUGGAGCAAACAAGCUUAUAAAGAUGAUAAAGUUUUAUAAAGAAGUUUAUUUUUCUUUUUUACUUUAAGCAACGUUUUUACCAGAAGACUUGCUCAGAUUUCUAAGUGUAGCUCUCAUUUCGUGACUUUUCUGAAUUUUAGUCGGUUGACGGAGAUCAAUAUUUGAUUUUCUCAAUAGUUUUCUCAUCAAAUUUGAAAAACCAAAAUAUACGAAAUAUACGAAAUAUAUUUUUUAAAUAUGAUCAUUUUUUUUCCUAUGCACAGCUUUACUACCAGCAAUUUGCUCCUACUAAUAAUUAUAGCAAAAUAUCUAAAAGAAAAUUUUACUAGGGAGGUACUUAAAAGAGGCCAUUUUUUAAUUUUCCAAAGAAUUUUACAUAUUAUUGUGAAAAACCGGGAAAAGACAUGGGAAAUCUUGGAAAACGUAGGAAAAUAAAUAAUAAUAAAAUAAAUAUAUAAUGCCUAUUUUAUUAUUAAACAAUAAAAUGACAUGUAUAUUGUUGAAAAAUCAUCGAUAUCGACUGACGUCCGCUUACAAUCGUUUUAUCGAUUUUUACAAGUUUCUUACAUUAAAUGAUCUAUAAUAGAAGCUGCACCUGUCCUCAUUAUCCUUGGACGUUUUUUUUAUUAUUUAAUUUAUCUUUGUAAAAAAAAUCUCUCGAGGACAGUUGCCCUUAUCGCCCUCGUCUCUAAAGGGUCUCCAGUUUAAUCUCUUGUUAUUUUUUAUUUUUACAGAUAAUCAUUUCAUUCGUUAUGGCCGGUAUAAUGAUUCAACAUGCGUCAUGCUUUCCGAGUGGUGAAGGUUUUAUGCAUUCUUUGACACAUGCAUUUAGCGGCGAUCACCACAGCAGUAGCGGUCACGAAAACAAAGUGAAUACCGUAGCCGUCGUUCACGUUAACAAUAGUGACAUACAUGAAAAUCAUCACGAUGACAUUAGCGAUCACGUGCAUGUUGUAGAACGUUCAUCCGACCAUCACAUAGAUGGUUAUGGAGAGCAUGAGGACAGACACGUAUACGCGCAGGACGGACACAGAUACGAAUACGGCGAUGGUUAUAAUAACAGUCAUAGCAUAUCCGACGUCCGCACCCGUCAUGUCUACAAUACACCAGUCCACUACGAAACUCACCAUUGCUAGACACCUAAACCAAGUUUUGAUUUAUAUGACUAAUAUCCUACAACAAAAUUUGAAGUAUUCCAGGAAUAACAACACGGGAGCACAUAAUUAAAAUACUCGCACAUAACUCCUACCGCUCGUAUAUAAACAUAUCGUUGUGAUGUGAAUAUUGAUAUGAAUUUUAAUAAUCAUAUUGUAUUAUUUAAUAUUUCGUUUUUAAAUUGUAUUGCAUAAACUCCGAAUAUAACCGAUUAUCUAUGUUGAUUGAAAUCUGCAUCAGUGGAUUUGUGUUUUAAAUCGCGAAAAUCGUGACAAUCGUUUUACCUAAUUAAAUGAUGAAUUUUUCAAAUAUUUAUACAGUGAACUUUAUCAAUGAAAAAACUGUCUCUCGAUUAAUUCAGAAUUGAUUCAUAAGAAAUAGACGUAUUUUAUUAUGUUAUACAUGAGAGCAUAUUGAAUUUAUAUAAAGUCAUUUUUGAAUUCAUUAAUUGUUGUGGGUGUUCAAAAUCGUAUCUUCUUUCGUUUUCUCGUCCUUAAGACUGUGUCGUUUAAAUGAAAAGUAAGGGAACAUCGAAAUUUCCUUAUUAAACUGCCUUCCAAUCACCAUCUGUCUUUAUAUUCCCUACAUUAUCUUAGCCAAAAAAUCUUUGCAGUCUCGGCAAUUUUCCACAACCAUGUGGUAUUACUGCACAGUAAACAUAAUAUUUAUCGUAUAUCUCAGGGAAUAAAAUCAAACGAAUUCUGACAGCAUUAAAUCAACGUCCAAUAAACGUGUGUGAGUAUCUAUCAAAAUAGAUACCGGCGUCGGUAACUUUGAGCUUUGUCGUGAUGCAACGUAAAGUUGACAACACAAACAAAUAUAUUAGAAAAUCAAUACUAAAAAUUAUUAAACAAUGUCUAACAUGUUUGAUAAUAAGGUCUUUAGAAAUAUUCGGUUUGAAGUAUGUUAUGGUGCCAAAUUCACGUUACAAAAACAAAAAAAAAAAAAGAAGAUUUUAUUUAACUAUUAUAUUUAUCUCCCAUCUAAUCAGAUUACGAAAUAUUUAAAAAACCUAAUCUAAAAUACUAUAAUGUUGAACAUAUUCAAACUACGUUAGAUUAUUGAGUUCUUUCAAGUGACAAUAGGGACAAUAUAAUAGAAUAUAAUUUUCUAUCAAAUCAAAUCAUGAUUAUAAUUUUAAUAAUAAUAUGACUCAAACUUACAAGUAAAAAAAAGCCGGGCAAUAUCCCAUGUGGCUGGCCCACUCUUGUAAGUGAGAAGUUUGGAAGGUAGAAGAGGGGAAAUUUUAUGUAUAUCUUUAAGCAACGAUAAGCCAUUAAUACCGAAAAACCGGUUCUAAAUGAAGUUCAGUUGAUAGUAAUGUUUUGUCUAAAAUAUAUAUGUCAUAUUAUGGUAAAAUAAAUGCAUUGCUA